AUGGCACAAAGCCUCCCCCAACACACAGAGGCCGAGGAAGGGGACAAAGAGGAGCUAGAGGUAGCCAUCAAAAAGGCACCAAAAGCGUUCAACGGAGAGGAGCCAUUGUCAAACAACCAACUGAACUUGAUCAACAUGCUGAUUUUUUCAAAGAAGGUCUACAUGAACGCAAAUGAAUCAAUCCAGAAACAAAUUCUGUUUGGAUCUGGAAGGGAAUUUCAUGUCAUGGUACCACUCCCUUAA